AUGUCUGCACCACCACCAAUUCGGCCGCUGCCCACCACCACCGCGCCGCCGCCAAUCCCAACCACGGCGCCGCUGGCCCUCCCCACUGCGCCGCUGGGCUCCACCGUCGGCGCCUCUACCGACCAAUCGCCGCCCCACUCCACGGGUCCGCCGCCACCACCCUUCACCGCGCUGCUGGUCUACUCCCCCGCGGAGAUGACCGGCAUCCUCAACGAUCCCGUCACCGCCGUCCAAGGGAUACGGCUAUACCUAGCCGGCUCCUAUGGGCCGCCGGCGGCCGCCGCGACCGGGCCAACCGCCCUGCCAUGGUAUUCGGCACCCGCGGCGCCGACCGAGCCUCUACACCACCACUGGCCGCUUCAGCCGCCGCCCGUCGCCGCGCCCCAAUGGCCGCAGUGGCCGGCGCCGGCCCUCGCCGCGUCACCCACGGCACCCGGGUCCUCGCCGCCACCGCCCUGGCAACCCUGUCAGCCGCCGCACCCCGGGGCCACCGCGACGCUGGUCGGGCCGCUACAGCCCCCGCUGCAGCUACAGCCAGGCCCCGCCACCGCCCCGAUCUGGUCACAAUGGCCGGCCGCGGCCAUCGCCGCGCCCGCCGCCUCCGCUGUUUCCAGGCAGCAGCAGCUGCCGCUGCCGGCGCCUCCACCGCCCAGCACCGGGCUGACUACAACCGCGGUGGCGGCGUGCCAAUUCUGCAAUCUACACCAUGGCACGGACCAGCCGACGCCAUCCCUGCUGUACGACGGGCCCUCCAGCUUCACGGGUUUCCACGCUGGCUUCGACGGGCCACCGCUUUCCUGCGGACCACCUGUGCACACCGGACCAACGCCAUCCUCUUUGCUGCUCCGUACCGCCGAGCCGUACACUCACGGCGGUCAUGCUCAGACACCGCCGCGCUUCGCCAAGCUCGCCUUCACCACCUACGACGGCGCCGAGGACCCCCUCAACUGGCUCAACCAGUGCGAGCAGUUCUUCCGGGGGCAACGGACGCUCGCGUCGGACCGCACCUGGCUCGCCUCUUAUCACCUCUGCGGCGCCGCACAGACGUGGUACUACGCCCUCGAGCAAGACGAGGGCAGCAUGCCCCCAUGGGAGCGUUUUCGCGAGUUCUGCCUCCUUCGCUUCGGACUGCCGAUACGUGGGAGCCGGCUGGCAGAGUUGGGUCGCCUUCCCUUCACCUCUACGGUGCAGGACUACACCGACCGCUUUUAG